AUGGCAUCCGUCAACGUGGUAAUCAAGCACCAGGGCAAGAAGUACGACGUCGAAGUUGAUACUACUUCGACCGGCGAUGUCCUCAAAUACCAACUUUUCAGCCUGACCGGCGUCGAACCCGAACGACAGAAGAUUCUCGUCAAAGGCGGCCAACUCAAGGAUGAUGCCGACGUCGGCAAGCUCGGGCUGAAGCCCGGCCAAGUCAUAAUGAUGAUGGGCACACCGGCAGAUGGCGGCGGUCAAAUUGUGCGGCCCACCGAGAAAGUCAAGUUCCUGGAGGAUAUGACUGAAGCCGAGGCCGCCCAACAAGCGGGUGCCACACCCGCUGGCCUUGUCAACCUCGGCAACACCUGCUACCUCAACUCCACGCUUCAAGCGCUGCGUUCGAUUCCCGAGCUUCAGGAUGCCCUCUUUAAGCACGAGCACACCACUACGUCCGACAUCCCUCAGCUCGACAUCACCUACCAGCUCAAGAAUCUCUUCGGAGAGAUGGUUAAGACGCAGGGCGGCAUGUCCCCGUUCACCUUUCUCAACGCUCUUCGGGUAGCCUUCCCACAAUUUGCCGAGAGGUCUAAAAAGGGGCCUGGCUUCGCCCAGCAGGAUGCGGAAGAAGCGUGGUCUCAGAUUGUUUCACAGCUGAGGCAAAAGUUGAAGCUGCCGAUCCCAACGGAAACCGAAACCACGAAUGCGAGUUCUUUUAUUGACAAGUACAUGUCUGGAGCGUUUUCCAGCACGCUUACUUGCGACGACCCCGCUGCCGCUGAGGCUGGCGAACAGCCGACUUCAAGCACGGAACCGUUUCUCAAACUCAACUGCCAUAUCGACAAUCAAACAGCCCAUCUAAGGGAUGGUUUGAUCAACGGCUUGUCGGAGAAGAUCGAGAAGAAGUCUGAGGCCCUGGGGAGAGAUGAGACGUACACCAAGAUUUCCAAGAUUUCUCGGCUUCCCAAGUACCUUACGGUCCACUUUGUGCGCUUCUUCUGGAAGCGUGACGUCCAAAAGAAGGCCAAGAUCAUGCGCAAGGUCACUUUCCCCCAUGAGCUAGACGCCGUCGAGUUUUGUACCGAUGAACUGAAGAAGGCGCUUAUUCCGGUACGGGACAAGGUGCGUGAGGUGCGCAAGGACGAGGAGGACGUCGAGCGGGCCCGGAAGCGCCGCAAGAAGAACCCUGCCCAGCAGGAUGAGCUCCCGGAGGAGAAGAAAGAAAACGUCAAGAAGGAUAACAAGAAGCCAGCUACCUCGGCAGACGGCGAUGUGGAGAUGACCGAGACCGAGACGUUCAAGACAGACGCAGAGUGGGAGGCCGAAAAGGACGCCUCGCUUUUGGCGUCUAAGAAGGAGCUGUAUUCGUUGAUUGACCCUGAGCUCAAGAAGGACGAGGGUGCCAGCCAGUCGGGCAUUUAUGAGCUUCGUGCUGUGGUCACACACCAGGGCGCUAGCGCCGAUAGCGGCCACUACACGGCAUAUGUGAAGAAGACGGGUCACAAGGACCCAGUCACCGGCAAGGUCGGCGAGGAGGACGGUAACUGGUGGUGGUUCAACGAUGACAAAGUCACCGAGGUAACCCCAGACAAGAUUGACGCGCUGGCCGGCGGCGGUGAGUCGCAUUCGGCGCUGAUUCUGCUUUACAAGGCCAUCCCGCUGCCCUCGGCAGAGGGUAUUGUGGAAUAA